GAAAUCAAGAAAUAAUAGUUGACUUAGAAAGAAAAUCUUUUUUUCUGAGCAUUUCAACUCUUUCAAUUCAGGUGAUGACGAUUUUGGAGACGAUGAUGAAGAUACAGUAACCUUUGGCGGAGGAAAUUUCAAAACUAAGGAGAAGAAUAAAAAAGAAAAACAUUCGGAUUCGUCUUCUGAUUCCAGCAGUAGCAGCGACUGUUUUUCUGAUCAUGAUAGUGAUUUUUUUGACAAACUUACACGAGAAGAUUUCUUGAGUGAAGACGAAAAUGUAGGUCAAAACGACGAACCCUCUCAAGUACAUCCUCCAUUACAACACGAUUCUUGGCAAAAACCUCCAUCAAAAAUUCAUUCUGAUGAUGAUGAAGAAAAACGCAGGCGAAGUGUUCUCAACGGAGAUAAUGAUGGGAACAGGGAAUCAGUACUAGCUCGAGAACGACUUGGGGAAAUGGGGCCUCCAGAUGGAGUAGGACACAACAUCAAACCAUCGCCAGUACAUCCUCAAUUACGACAAGAUUAUGGGCAAAAACCACCAUCAGAAAUUGAUGACGAUGAUGAUGAAGAAAAACGUAGGCUGCGCACUCUCGACGGAAAUUAUGAUUGGGAAAAGGAGUCGGCACUAGCUCGAGAACGUCUAUUCAGGGAAAUGGGGCCAGAUCAAGACGAUGAAACCAACGAAGAAUUAAUUGUUCUGGAGAAAAGAAUAUUUUGGACAUUGAUACAUUACAACACAGGGGACGAGGAAUCGAGAAAACAAUUAUUGAUGAGAGAUCCCAAUAUAAUAAAUGACAUAGAGAGGUACAAAAAAUUACAUCGGAUGAAGCGGACUUCACGCAAAUCUCAUUCGCCCGGAUCACCAGAUCAUUCAUCGAGAGAAAAUGGAAGCGGAGGAAGAGUCGAUAAUUCCAUCCAAGAUAGCCCAACGCAUGGGAGAUCAGCUCAACUCCCCCCAGGAUCUUCACCACAUCAUCACGUCGGAGAAACUGAAAAUGGAGGAAGUUCCCAUCCUCCAAGCACAAUUCAUCCUCCACCGGGAGCGUACUCCGGUAGUCCACCAGGACCACCUAGAUCACAAUCGGGAGGAAUAGAUAAAUCUGCUUCAGGGAAUGAUCGAUCUGGAGAAUCAUCAGAUUGAAAAAUUGAACUAAUCGAAGAAAUCAAAUGUAGAAAUUUCAACAACUAUAUCGGUGUCUCAAGAAAAGCAAAAAUCCUCGAACUGAAGAAGUAGUACACUUGAAACAAAAAAUACGCGAGCGAGGAUCCAUCAUCCGGCGAUAGAAUUUCCGACAAUUGAUUUGGGAAAUUAAUUCAUCAUUCAUUGUACAUACUAACACCCAAUCAAACUCAACCAACACUAAGAAAAUUACAAUCAGUCGUUGCGCUUGCUACUUCUGCGGCCAUCAUGUAUUUAGAUAGGUACAUAUUUUAUGAUCAUUUUCAUGCUGUGAGUUAAAUAUAUUAUGUACUUCAAUAUUUAACAGUCCAUAGUCCUCCAACAAGAAUUAAGCCUAAGAAAAAAUUUGGACAUGUCAUAAUUAUAGCACAUGUGUUC